GGGCGGGAUUUCCCGGGUAACAGAGAAGCGGCCGCGGCGGUAGCGGCAGCGGAGACGGUUUCUUCGUCUUUCCCCCCUCCCCUCCCCCCCUCGAAGUUUCCCUCCCCGGAUCUGGCUGCGGCUGGGGAGCGGGGCCCGUGAGCGCCCCAGCCCCCGCCGGGGGACUGCCAGUCCGCUCCGGCCCCGCGCCGAGAGCCCCGCUCCGGCCUCCCCUCCCCGCCCCCUCGCUACUGCCACCGCCGCCGCUGCCGCGCAGCCCAGAAGCUCUCGCCGCCCGAGACGGGACAGACUUGUGAACGGCCGAGGCAGCUUUGAGGUUUUGUAGAGCAUCCCCGAGUAUGACUGCAGAAUGAAGCGGCGCUUGGAUGACCAGGAAUCACCUGUGUAUGCGUCCCAGCAGCGACGUAUCGCCAGCAGCACAGAAGCAUUUCCACACCAGCACCGAGUGCUUGCCCCUGCACCUCCUGUGUAUGAGACAGUCUCUGAGACCAUGCAGUCAGCUACAGGAAUUCAGUACUCUGUUACUCCCAGCUAUCAGGUUUCAGCUGUGCCACAGAGCUCAGGCAGCCAUGGCCCCACGCUAGCAACUGUUCACAGUGGCCACCAUCACACAACAUCUGUUCAGCCUCAUGGAGGACAGGUGGUUCAGAGCCACGCUCAUCCAACCCCACCAGCCGCACCAGUGCAGGGACAACAGCAAUUUCAGAGGCUCAAGGUGGAGGAUGCUCUAUCCUAUCUUGACCAGGUAAAGCUGCAGUUUGGUAGUCAGCCUCAGGUCUACAAUGAUUUCCUGGACAUCAUGAAGGAAUUUAAAUCUCAAAGUAUUGAUACUCCAGGAGUGAUUAGUCGGGUGUCACAGCUAUUCAAAGGCCACCCUGACUUGAUUAUGGGCUUUAAUACCUUUUUACCCCCUGGCUAUAAAAUUGAGGUGCAGACCAACGAUAUGGUGAAUGUGACAACUCCUGGCCAAGUUCACCAGAUUCCCACCCAUGGCAUCCAGCCUCAACCUCAAACCCAGCCCCAGCAUCCUUCCCAGCCGUCAGCCCAGUCCACCCCGACCCCUGCACAGCCAGCUCCUCAGCCGCCACCUGCCAAAAUCAGCAAGCCAUCCCAGCUCCAAGCACAUGCUCCAGCCAGUCAGCAGACACCUCCCCUCCCACCAUAUGCUUCACCACGUUCUCCACCAGUGCAGCCUCACACACCUGUGACAAUCUCCCUGGGAACUGCCCCAUCCUUGCAGAACAAUCAGCCUGUGGAGUUUAAUCAUGCCAUCAACUAUGUUAACAAGAUUAAGAAUAGAUUCCAGGGUCAGCCAGAUAUCUAUAAAGCAUUUCUGGAAAUUUUGCACACAUAUCAGAAGGAGCAACGGAACGCCAAGGAAGCUGGAGGGAAUUACACGCCAGCCCUGACAGAGCAGGAGGUGUAUGCGCAGGUGGCCCGUCUGUUUAAGAAUCAGGAAGACCUCCUGUCAGAGUUUGGGCAGUUCCUCCCUGAUGCCAAUAGCUCCGUGCUAUUAAGUAAGACAACGGCGGAGAAGGUUGAGUCUGUGAGGAAUGAUCAUGGAGGCACUGUGAAGAAACCCCAGCUGAACAACAAGCAGCAAAGACCCAGCCAGAAUGGCUGUCAGAUCCGCCGCCACUCUGGGACUGGCACUACUCCCCCUGUGAAGAAGAAACCCAAACUAUUAAGCUUAAAGGACCAGCCCUUGGCAGAAGCCAGCAAACAUGGUGUAGGAACUGAAUCCUUGUUCUUUGAAAAGGUCCGGAAGGCCUUGCGGAGUACCGAAGCCUAUGAGAAUUUCCUGCGCUGUCUGGUCAUCUUUAACCAAGAGGUCAUCUCGAGGCCAGAGCUUGUGCAGCUUGUCUCUCCUUUCCUGGGGAAAUUCCCAGAAUUGUUCACAUGGUUUAAGAAUUUUCUGGGGUAUAAGGAGUCUGUUCACCUGGAGACCUUUCCAAAAGAACGUGCCACAGAGGGCAUUGCUAUGGAGAUAGAUUACGCCUCCUGUAAAAGGUUGGGGUCAAGCUACCGAGCUUUGCCUAAGAGCUACCAGCAGCCCAAAUGCACAGGGCGGACGCCACUGUGUAAGGAGGUUUUAAACGAUACCUGGGUAUCCUUCCCGUCGUGGUCCGAGGAUUCCACUUUUGUCAGCUCGAAGAAGACACAGUAUGAAGAACAUAUCUAUAGAUGCGAGGAUGAACGCUUUGAGCUUGAUGUGGUCUUAGAAACUAAUCUGGCAACCAUCCGGGUCCUAGAGACAAUUCAGAAGAAACUUUCACGCUUGUCUGCUGAGGAGCAGGCCAAAUUCCGCUUAGACAACACUCUGGGUGGCUCCUCUGAGGUGAUUCAUCGAAAAGCUCUCCAGAGGAUCUAUGCUGAUAAAGCAGCUGACAUCAUUGAUGGCCUGAGAAAGAACCCAUCCAUUGCUGUUCCAAUAGUCCUGAAGAGGUUGAAGAUGAAAGAGGAGGAAUGGAGAGAAGCUCAGAGAGGGUUCAACAAGGUCUGGAGGGAGCAAAAUGAGAAGUAUUACCUGAAGUCCCUGGACCACCAGGGAAUCAACUUCAAACAGAAUGACACCAAGGUCCUGAGGUCAAAGAGCUUACUCAAUGAAAUAGAGAGCAUCUAUGAUGAAAGGCAAGAGCAGGCUACAGAAGAUAAUUCGGGAGUCCCUAUUGGCCCACACCUUUCUCUUGCCUAUGAAGACAAGCAGAUACUGGAAGAUGCUGCUGCUUUGAUUAUCCACCAUGUAAAAAGGCAAACAGGAAUCCAGAAGGAAGACAAGUAUAAAAUCAAGCAGAUUAUGCAUCAUUUCAUUCCAGACCUGCUCUUUGCCCAGAGAGGUGACCUCUCAGAUGUGGAAGAGGAAGAGGAGGAAGAGAUGGAUGUGGAUGAAGCCACAGGGGCUGCCAAAAAGCACAACGGGGUGGGUGGCAGCCCCCCAAAAUCAAAGCUACUGUUCAGCAACACAGCAGCUCAGAAGUUUCGCGGGAUGGAUGAUGUCUACAACCUCUUCUAUGUCAACAACAACUGGUAUAUCUUCCUGCGGCUGCAUCAGAUUCUAUGUUUGAGGCUGCUGAGAAUUUGUUCCCAAGCUGAGCGACAGAUUGAAGAAGAAAACCGAGAGAGGGAAUGGGAACGGGAAGUGCUGGGUAUAAAGCGGGACAAGAGUGACAGCCCAGCCAUCCAGCUCAGACUCAAAGAACCCAUGGAUGUUGAUGUAGAAGACUAUUACCCAGCCUUCCUGGAUAUGGUGCGGAGCCUGUUGGAUGGCAACAUAGACUCGUCACAAUACGAGGACUCCCUGAGAGAGAUGUUCACUAUCCAUGCCUAUAUUGCCUUUACCAUGGACAAAUUGAUUCAGAGUAUUGUCAGACAGCUCCAGCACAUUGUAAGUGAUGAGAUUUGUGUACAAGUGACUGACCUCUACUUAGCAGAAAACAACAACAGUGCCACGGGUGGCACCCUAAAUACACAGACCUCUCGAACCCUCAUGGAAUCGACGUAUCAGCGUAAAGCAGAGCAGCUCAUGUCAGAUGAGAACUGUUUUAAGCUCAUGUUCAUUCAGAGCCGAGGCCAAGUUCAGCUAACAAUCGAGCUGCUCGACACAGAGGAAGAGAACUCGGAUGACCCUGUAGAGGCAGAGCGAUGGUCAGACUAUGUUGAGCGCUAUGUAAACUCAGAUACUACCUCCCCAGAACUCAGAGAACAUCUGGCCCAGAAGCCAGUAUUUUUGCCAAGGAAUCUAAGGCGUAUCCGUAAGUGUCAGCGUGGACGGGAACAGCAAGAGAAGGAAGGCAAAGAUGGAAACAGCAAGAAGAGCAUGGAAAAUGUGGAGAGCUUGGAUAAGUUGGAGUGUCGAUUCAAACUGAAUUCUUAUAAGAUGGUGUAUGUGAUCAAAUCAGAAGACUACAUGUACCGGAGGACGGCUCUGCUGCGUGCUCAGCAGUCCCAUGAACGAGUAAGCAAACGGCUGCACCAGCGGUUCCAGGCCUGGGUGGACAAAUGGACCAAGGAACAUGUAACCCGUGAAAUGGCAGCUGAGACCAACAAGUGGCUGAUGGGCGAGGGGCUGGAGGGCUUGGUACCCUGCACUACCACCUGUGACACAGAGACCCUGCACUUUGUGAGCAUUAACAAGUACCGCGUCAAAUACGGCACGAUAUUCAAGACGCCGUAACUUCCCCAGAAUGGAUGUGUGGCGUGUGUGUCCCCGCGCAUCAAGGAUUCAAGCACGAUGCCUUUCAGACCUCACUGUGUCUCUGCAACAUGGCCACCUGACUAGUGUGCAGCUGGUACAGUCUCUCCUCAGCGGGCUAAAGUUUGGGAACAUGGAUCCUUUAUAAACCUAAGCUGGGACUUCUAUUUCCCAGGGGUCUGGGACUCCAGGGUGUGCCCUAGAAAGGGAGGGAGGGAGGGUCCCUGCUGAGGAUCAUGCAGGCGUGGACAAAUGGUUUUGCUCGCCUACCCCAGCGGUGCUGAGCCCUCAUUCCCCAUGGCCUGGGCAUUGAAUGAGCAAACCAGACACUGUAUGUGCUUGACUGGAUGGGGUGCAUUUGGGAAGAUUGAUAGGAAAGGAACUUUUAAGUUCAGAGACAUUCUAAACCAUGAAAACCCACCCCCACCCCUCCCCAAACCAGAUGUCAUUUUCUUUGGGUCAUUCACAUCCAUCCAGAUCACCUGCCAGGGUAGUUUGGCUUUGGGAGCAUCUGUGGAUUUGUUUCUUGAUGAUCGCCCUGCAUCUCAUGCCUUCCUCUCUUGUCUUCUGGUCCCAAGCUCCUGACUCACCAAGGUCAAAUCAGUUGGUCCUUUUUAGCUCCAGUGGAACUGUUUUGUACCUGCUUGUUUACUAGUCUAGCCUAGUGCCAUCCACCAGCUUUUCUCACACACACUCUUGCACACAGAGAAAGUUUUAACGUGAUUUCCCCCCUUCUUUUUUUGUAAAUAAUGUACAUACUGUCAAUUUUUUUUAUUAAAGGAAAUAUGCUUUGAUGUGCUAGCA